AUGGCGUCUCGUACUGAUUGGCUCGCCAAACUUUUCGACCUUGUCCUUCGCGGCAAACGACCUGUUACGACUGUCGAUAACUUUACGCUGCUAGUGGAAGCGAUUGUCGGAAAGAACAACCACGCAGUGUGUGUUGAGCGCAUCGUCGCCAACCCCGCUGCCCGAAACGUCAUCCACGGAGGUAUCGAUUCAACACCACGUCCGACUUCUUGA